AAUAACCCAUUGUUUCCACCCGGCCGGCCACUCCUCUUUCCCUGUGCGCUUUCACUUCGGAUUGGCUGUCCUGUCUUUACUACCCUCUCUUAUCUCAAAGUUCCGUGUUAACAGUCAGGCAUUUCAUUGUUUAAUUUGUAGUCAACAUUAUCAUUCAGGACUCUUCUGGCCCGCCGCUCUACGAUCUUUGCAGUCAUGUCUGACCGAGGCUCUUUUGAUACCAACGUGGUGACUUUAACCCGGUUUGUGCUGGAGGAAGGGAGGAAAGCGAAGGGGACAGGGGAGCUCACUACCCUGCUCAACUCGAUGUGCACGGCCGUCAAAGCCAUCUCCACCGCGGUGAGGAAAGCUGGCAUCGCCAACCUGUAUGGCAUAGCGGGCAGCACCAAUGUGACGGGGGACCAGGUGAAGAAGCUGGACAUCCUGUCUAACAACCUGGUUAUCAACAUGAUCAAAUCCUCCUUCACAUCCUGUGUCCUGGUGUCAGAGGAGGAUGACACAGCCAUCAUAGUAGAACCAGACAGACAGGGUAAAUACGUGGUGUGUUUUGACCCUCUGGAUGGUUCCUCCAACAUUGACUGCUUGGCUUCCAUCGGCACCAUCUUUGCUGUCUUUAGAAAGACGACAGAGGACGACCCGUGUGAGAACGAUGCGCUGCAGCCCGGUAGGAACAUCGUUGCGGCUGGAUACGCCCUCUAUGGCAGCGCCACCAUGAUGGUACUGUCCACUGGGCAGGGGGUCAACUGCUUCAUGUUGGACCCGGCCAUAGGUGAGUUCAUUCUGGUGGACAGAGAUCUAAAGAUCAAACCGAAAGGGAAUAUCUACAGUCUGAAUGAAGGAUACUCCAAAUACUUUGACCCCGCUGUCACGGAGUACCUGCAAAAGAAGAAGUUCCCCGAGGAUGGCAGUGCCCCGUACGGUGCCCGCUAUGUGGGUUCUAUGGUAGCAGACGUCCACAGGACCCUGGUCUACGGAGGAAUCUUCCUCUACCCUGCUAACGUCAAGAGCCCUGAGGGAAAGCUGCGUCUGCUGUAUGAGUGCAACCCCAUGGCAUUCAUCAUCGAGCAGGCGGGCGGUAUGGCAACCACAGGGAGUCAGAACGUCCUGGACAUUCAGCCAAUCAACAUCCACCAGAGAGUUCCCGUGGUGCUGGGGUCACCUAGUGACGUCCAGGAGUACCUGGAUAUAUACCAAAAACACCAGGCCAACAAUGGUAACUAGGGACCGCACACACCAGGCCAACAAUGGUAGCUAGGGACCGCACACACCAGGCCAACAAUGGUAACUAGGGACCGCACACACCAGGCCAACAAUGGUAACUAGGGUCCUAGUAACUAGGGACCAAGCAGGUACACACUCCCUAUGUAAAGACCCAUUAUAAACCAAGAGAACAAAGAUCCUCUAUCAAGACUCAGGAUCAGCAUGCUGUUGACCAAGUGACCAACGAUACACCAACACUUAUAAGACUCAGGAUCAGCAUGCUGUUGACCAAGUGACCAACGAUACACCAACACUUAAUCAACCACUAGACUAGACCAAAGAUACACCCUCAUGCCUCACCACCCAGACCAAAGAAUAAGUAAACCAAGAUAGCCACCAACUACUUCCCAUCCUGGACCAGGAACUGAAGGGGAAGAGACCAUUUUCCCCUUAUUCCUUCAUUGUCAUUUAUUUUAAAGGAAUUUGCAGUACCUUCUCAGACCACUAUGGGGAACCAGUGUGUGAAAUAUUUAUCAGUACUACUAAAUGUCAGACAGACCUAAUGUUACCUCUAUGCAGUAUAUAAGAUAUGUGCCUUGACACAGAUAUUGUUUGGGAUGAUGAAGCAUGUGAAUAAUAAACCUUGGUGGUGCUGUACCAAACAGAA